AAGGAGUGUAUGCAGCUGACAGAGCUACUUCACAGCAGGCUAAGCAGCUCUUUGUUAUUCCAGAGAAGAGGAGGAGAGGAGAAGGGAGAACAGGACGAGUCUUGUGCCAUGGCAGAGUCGCCAACUUCUUGAUUUUGCCACUGAAUUAUAUUGCUGUUAGUCAAGAAUGUGAAGAUGCCACAUACUCUCGACUCCUUCCCUACGGAAGCUCUCAUCACGAAACCCUUUUUCUCAGACUUCUUCGAUACCAGCGUCCAGCUCGCAGAGCCGAACACAGCAGACGCUUUACUCCCCAGCAUUAGCAACAUCAGCAGCAUCAGCAACAUCAGCAACAUCAGCGGGCUGGGUGCCCUUCGCUGCACCUACAAGGAGGACUUCAAACGUAUCUUACUCCCUGCUGUGUAUACCAUUGUAUUCCUGCUUGGCCUUCCUCUUAAUGCUGCUGUCAUACUGAAGAUAUGGAAGACGCGGCCCAACCUGUCGCGCAGCAACAUCUAUAUGCUCAACUUGGCCAUAGCCGACUUCCUGUAUGUGAUGUCGCUUCCCUUGCUCAUCUACAACUAUGGCAUGCGCGACUACUGGCCCUUUGGGGAUUUUGCCUGUAAACUUGUCAGGUUUCAAUUUUACAGUAAUCUUCAUGGCAGUAUCCUCUUCCUCACCUGCAUCAGUGUUCAGCGCUAUGUGGGCAUUUGCCAUCCUCUCGCAAUGUGGCACAAGAAUGGUGGGCGAAGGAUGGCGUGGUCAAUCUGCGGAGGUGUAUGGCUGGUGGUCGUGGUCCUCUGCGCUCCAACGUUUCACUUCGCUGCGACGGGAAUCCAGCGAAACCGCACAGUGUGUUACGAUUUAAGUCCGCCUAAUCUUUCUGUGGACUACUACCCCUACGGCAUGGCUUUGACCUGCCUCGGCUUCCUGUUGCCUUUUAUGGGUGUGAUGGUGUGCUACUGCAGGAUGGCCCACAUCCUCUGCCGCCCGGUGGUCUACCAGGGUGUCACCAUAGCGACUGGGGAGAAAAGGGAACAGGCAGUGAGGAUGAUCAUCGUGGUGGCGACAGUUUUCUGCAUAAGUUUUCUGCCAUUUCACCUCACCAAGACCAUGUACCUGGUGGUGCGCACGCUGCCUGGCGCACCCUGCGAGAUGAGGAACUUGUUCUCAAUCAUCUACAAGUGCACCAGGCCAUUUGCCAGCAUGAACAGCUUUCUGGAUCCUAUUCUGUUCUACUUCACACAGCCACGCUACCGGAAGAGCACCCGAAGAUUUAUGCUCAAAGUCACCACCCGCAGGGACAAAGGUACCAGUGUGUGAGCCAGCAAGAAUCUUCUACACUGCAACAGUAUUUCUCAAAGCCUUGUUGCUGCACCAGUGGUGGACCUCAUAAUGCUGCGUAGUGAUAGAUGAAUUUGUUGCUGAUGCCUUUCAGGUUUGUCCCUACUAUUCACUGCAAGAGGUAAAAAAAAACUGAGAGGCAUUGGCAUCAGAAAGCCUACUGAAAUGCUGCGUGAAAGCUGUUAUCUUGUUAUAUGAAAAGUAAACAAAGACUGCGAAAAUUAGGAAGGAGAAAUAUCCCAAACUGAAAUGAAAAUCAACUUUCUUCUACUUGAAUUAUCUUGAAUUGGCAUUAACUAUCACAGACUAUGGGUGUAAUUUAUAUCAAGGGAAUUCAGGCAUUUUAGGCACUGUAUGUGGCUAUUAACACUGUUAACGCUGAUGAUACCGUCAGAGGACCAGGGCUUUCUAACAUAUUCUGCAUUGUCCGUUUUAUCUGAUAAAUGGUAAUUUCAGUUAAAUUUGUGCACUGGGUAAUAAUGUAGGAGCUUCCCCUCAACUCACUCCCCCUUUUUUGUAAAUACAUUUUUUUCAUUUGUUCUCUGUCAUUAAGCACUGUGAACUGUACAGUAAAAUGUAAUGCUGUACAAUAAGGUCUCCAUGGUCUAUGUUGACGUAUAUGCAUGUAAGAUCAUUAUAAAUGACCUUAUGUGUGAUAUGGAAGUGGAGACAUUCAGGAGUGAAAGAGGGGACAGGAUGCUUUAUGGGAUAAAAUACCCUAUGGUACUAAGUCAUGUAAAAUUAGUUCUUGUGCUUGGGUUGCAAAAACAUGGCAGUGGAUGUAGUAAGAACAAGACUGAAACUGAAAAAAAUAUGUGCCUUUUUAUAUUAUACUUUCAUCAUAUGAAGGUUUAUGCUGAUUUUCUUCCCCCCUCUAAAAAAGUCAGACUAUAUUUUUUUUUUAACUUCCUUUCCCAGCCACAGGGCUUGUUAUUGCAUGUUCACCGAUGGAUGGUGUGUGCACGACAACUAUCCUCGCUGUGCUGAAGUGCUGGCUCUGCUUUUUCGAACAAAAAUGUGUUUUUAAUAACAGUAUCCAGAAAGGAUUACAACUCAACCACUGCAAUUAAAGACAAACAGGUGCCAGCAAAACUGAGAAGUAAUCCUGCUCUUACCAUGCAAAAAUAGCCCACAAGUUUCCCCCACAUCUGUAAAAUCUUAAUUUAAAGGUUUGUGCCAAUGUUAAUAUAUAUUUUUUUAUAUCAAAAUCCUUAUCAGAUGCAGUUGAUUUAGAAGGAAGGAGAAAUGCAAUUUGCAGACCUUAGGGCAGGAUCUAAAUUAAGGCUUGUCUUUCUGUGAGUGUGUGAACCCUUCUCAAGAAAUUUCAGAUUUUUUUCCACCUCUGUUUAUACAAGUGUAGUGUUAUACAGAAUAGAAAAUACUGUAACUAAUAGAGAGUACAGACAUCAGUGAGAAGGGACUGUGUACUCGUUUAAGGUACUCUAUGAACUGUACAUAUGUAAUGUUGUACUUUGUAUAAUAUGGUCGAUAUUGUGGCUUCUACAUGAUAAAAAACUUGUUAUAUAUUGUCCGAUGAAGUGACAGAAUAUAUUAAAUACCGGAUAUUUUUGAAAGCCUGCUGAAAGUAAAAAGUGAAUAUUUUAUGACUGUGACAUCAACUUUAACAGAUUUUAAAAUAACUCUUAAUAUCUCUUAACUUGAUCCUAAAGACCGUCUAUUCAAUAGAAAAAAAAUCCUGGUCAACUUUUUUCUGCUGUUUCUUAUUGAGGUAUACCAAGUAACUGAGUUACUGAGUUUUUGAUUUUGUACAUGUAAUGUUCAUGAAAUGGACACAGAAUGCCAAAGGGCCUUGUGUUUUCAGUCUGCAUCUAGUUGUUGUUAAUGUUAAUUUAACAAAAAUCUCACUUGAAUGUCGUCCUGGUAGUAAUGUUUAAUUUUGCGUUGUCAUCCUUGUGACACAUAAUGAUGCUGUGUUUGGUUCAGAUUUCUAUCUUUUCAGCAUUGAGUCCUUAUCACUGUUUGAAAUGUGCUCCAUGACGUCUUGACGCUGCUGAAGUCUUAUAAGUAGAUGUACGAUUAAUGCAUUGAAAUAUAAAGGUAACUGUGUCAUUUAACUGAUACACAACAUAAAUUAAUUCUCAUACUAAGUUUGCCUGAGAUGGUUAAUUUAAUGCCAAAUAUAUUAACUGAUAAACUUGUGUCUCUUAGUCCACAACUUAGACCAGAGUCCAUAUGGAUUUCACUGAUUUUAAAAUGUAACAUCUAAAUCAUGCUGAAAUUACUAAAUGAAUCCACAGCUUUACAACAUAAAAAUCUGCUGAGUGAAAAGCUUGCAACAAUAAUGAGUUUGCACUUAUAAGAGGGAAAACUAUGUAUAUUGGUUUAAUGUGAAUAUUCAAUUUUGAUCACAAUGUCAGGUCAUGUGCUUAAAGAUGUUAGGAACGUCUUAAUGUAUGUGUGAGUGUAUGUGCAGUAUGCAUAAUAAGUAAUGUGGUAAAUUGUACUGUAUGUUAAGCUUCAACAAAAAGAAGCGUUUAUGUGUUGUUGUUUUUGUCUAUGUGUGGGUGCUUGUUUUAGACAUUUCAGAGGUCUGUGUACUGUGCCAAUCAGUAUUAUUUAGAAGAAUUCUUAUUUUUGUAAAAUACUGUAACAUGGAGUAGUAUCAGAUAUAGAAUUAUAUUUUUGUUACAUAAUUAUGUUAAUGAAAAAGUAACUUUUAUGUUCUCUUUAUUUUUGUUGUUUUUAAUUGUACAGCUCUCUUGUGUUGUCUGUGAAAAUGUCAUAAUGUAAAACUAAUAGUGAUUAAAAAAAGUCUUGC